GAAGGGUGGCGAGCUAAAAAAGAACCGUCGUUUCUUACUGACUAUGAAGAUCGAUAUCCUCCCCGUGGUGUAUUGAUCCGUGGACAUGAUGGGGAAACAGACCGGGUUGUGUGUGCUGUUGUUGGCGGUGCUGAACGUCGCUGUACCUGAGGAUACCGUAACUACGGUGUACUUCACGGAUGGCGGAGAUCUAACGUUAAAAGUGAGGCCUCCUCUUCCGGAUCACAUCAACAACAUCGUGUGGAUAUUCAACGGUAAUCUGCUGGCUGAGUGGGUGGAAGAUGAGGGUUAUUACCUCAGAAUUAAAGGACGAGCAAACCUCACCAUAGAGACUGGAGAGCUGAUCAUCAACAAGAUGAGCAAAAAGGACGAGGGUGUGUAUUCAGUGAAGAUCAACGACGGAGUCCAGAGUGAGAGCUAUAAUGCAACAAUGAUCAAGAAGGUCCAGAAGCCCAAAGUAGUGGUGAGAACACUGACUUGUGAAGCUUGGAAUGUGAGUUGGAAGUUCUCCUGUGACUCAGACACCACCGAGGCUGAACCCAUCACCUACAGCUGGAAGAAGGGAGAUGGAGAGUGGAAGGUGUCUGGGAAGGACAUCAACAUCACCAGAAAGUAUGACUCAGGUGUGAAGACCUUCACCUGCAGGAUGGAGAACCCAGUCAGCCGGGAAGAAAGUGACCCAGAACCCAACCCGCUCUACAAGGACCUUAAGCCAGACUACAGUGCUGCAAUUGGGGUAGUUUGUGGUGGUUUGCUCAUCUUAGCUGUGGCUGGUUUGGUUGUGGCAUGGAUGAAGAAGAUAGGCCCCUUCAAGAAGCAAGGAACCAACAUCACUGAUCCUGCACAUGGAAAUGGACAGCUAACUUCUCCUCCUAGUGACAGUUCACCUAAGACAGCUGAGACCCUACCACUUCAGGAUAACCCACAAGACACAAAGUCAGACGCCAAAGAAACUGCAUGAAGUUGAGUAGCUCAAAUAGUCCUCAGACUACUAUUUCUGCAUACAUGACAUUUACAAACAUGUUAAUGUUUUGUGUAUUUUUUAGCAGUCAGCUGUGUGCAUCAUGGACUGUUACCUGCAGCAGAGGGAUUUUCAUAACAACAAAGUUGUUUUUUAGAACAGCAUGAAAACAUGAUUGUAUUUUUAUUUUAUUUUAUUUUUUAAACAGCCACCUGU